AUGCACCGGGAAAACGUGCAUAAUUCGCAGAUGUUGGCCUUGCAAGGUGACACGUCCUCGGGGAUUAUGCUCUCUGACUGCCAAGAUGGCGCCCGACGGGCCGAUAUGGCGGUUUUCUCAUUCCGCAUGACAGCCGGAGCUGAAGCCGCUGGCCUGCAGUCAGCGGACGCACAGCCAGUUACAUUCGUCUUUGGCUUCUGGACCGUCGCCCAGUUGGGGAGUCUGAUGCCCGGCAAUCAUGAAAAGACCCCGCACAUCUCGCACAAGGGGACCAGAACCCUGGCUUAUCAUCCCAUUCCGUUGUCGUACAGAUCGGAUGUCGGAGCAGAGGCUGCAGCCGAGUGCCGCUUGGAGAACAUCUUGGUGUCGGAAUGA